UUAAACAACCAUGCUGGAAGACAUACCUAUGUACAUAUCCAUGCAAAACAAAGAUUCAUCAGGCUCAGACUAUGAAAUACUGCUCACCACAGAGUCCUGAUGUUAACCCCUAUGAAGGUCUUUGGGGUGUGCUAGAGUUGACUUUACACUGCCUGUCCAAAAAAAGUUGCACACUCUAAUUUGUUGGACUGUCUUUAGCAUUGAUAACAUUUUGCAUUUGUUGUGGCAUUGUUUUGACAAAGUUAUGCAACAUCACAACACUUAUUUCCGUUAUAAGUUGCAUUAAUUAAGUAGCAUAAUUAAAACGGCUUCCAUAAGUUUGAUAUAUUCUGAAUUUACAGAAUCUGAAUAUUACGAAUCAAUAACCUAGGAUAAUGCAGGUGUUUUCAGUUAACAAACCCAUUAUCUGACAAGGACUGCGCAUGUGGACAAACACUGGAGUUAGCUUUCUGGCUCAUGGGCAAUGGUUCAAACUUGCCACCUCUCAGUCCUCAAUUUUUUUCCCACUUGGAGUACUUAAGUAAAUGCAAAAAACUUGUCCUUGGUUCACAAAAUGAUCAGAGGUUUCUUUGAGCAGCAGCUGGCAUGUUUUCUUCGGUGUGAUACCUUAAUUGCCAACGAAAAAUCAGGCAAGACAACUGGCCCAUGGAUGCGAGUGAGGUCAAGGUCUGGGUAUGUUUUCGCAGCUGAAUUCUUGCACACCUUAUACACCCAUCUUGGACACGCAGAUGGCAUAUUUUCGAUCUAAUGAUCCCAGGUAUGCCAAAACCAUAAAGUUCCAAAACUCAAGAACUCGACAUGAGGACGGGCUCUAAAUGUCUGCACAUGAGUAUCCAUAUUGAAUCCUGAUGUUUUGUUCGUUCAAAUGUUUUCUCACACUCCUCCCUGCAAGUCAGACAUCAGGACUGUCUUUCAUCCUGCUCCAAAAUUUUUGACUGCAAUAAAUCAGAAGUUUUCAAAAAGUUGGGCAUUUCAAAGUAAAGUGUUUCCUUCUCUUCAGCAUUCGACGUCAGACCCAUAUAUCAUUGUGGACUGCUGUUUUUAAUCUAAUUUCUUCAAAUAUCGGAAGAAUUCGGUUUGUAUUUCUUAAUUAUUAAGAGCUUUGCAGUUGUAAAUUCUCAAGCAAACAUGGACAAUGGGCUCGAAAUUUUAGUGAGUAUGAUACGCGUCUCACCAGUGCUCACACAGCUCAACGUGUUAAUUGAAGAGAGUUGUGCAUUUCUCAACAGUGAGGGGAGAUGCUACGACUGUGAAAACAGCACACGAGAGGGGGAGCGAGGGAGAUUGUGGGUGUGUUACCGCGUGAGAGAAAAAAUAGGGGAAGGGAGGGAGAGAGGAGAGAAAUAAAAACAGCACAAGAGGACAGCAGGCAGCACGGAGGAAAAAAUCCCUCUGAGGUUCCAUCAUGUUCCUGCAGACUGUCUCCAUCCUCUUCCUCUCGGCCGUCCUCUUCGGCUGCCUGGAAGGGAAGGGUGUGCAAAUGCAGCGAGAUGUUCAGUGCUGCAUGCAGUACUCUUACGACAAAGUCCGGACCAAAGACGUCCUGAGGUAUGAGAUGCAGACGGAGGGACCGGAUUGCAGCAUAAGAGCCAUCAUAUUGUACACCAAAAAGGUGGUGAAGUGCGCUGAUCCAAGGGACAAGAAGGUGAAGAGGUUACUACGGAAACUGAACCAGAGGCUGGGAGCCAAAGCCCACAGGACCAUGUGGCUACAUCCGCAUAUGAAUCUGCCCGUCAUGUCGGAGGUCGCUGUUGUUAACUCCCAAAAGAUGAACAAGACCAAGUGAAUGUUGAAGGAGAACAGGUGAUUCAUGAAACUCCAGCCUUCUCGUGUGUGUCACUGUUUUCUUAUAUGUUCUCAUAAGAAAAUACAUGUAGACUCAUAGCAUUCACUACCAAACAGUAUGUUAUCCAGAUAUAUUGUGAUAUUUAGAUGCCCUCUCAAAUGACUGUUAAUCUAUAUGCCAAAGUAUUCUUCUCUGAGACUUGUUAAAGGUUGUUUAUAAUCUCUGCAGCUAUGUAUAGUCUCUAUAACUUAUACAAGCUCUUCUAUAGAGUCCAAUAAGAUGGUAUCACUGUUCUCGAUCAAUUUAUAGUGCAAUUACAGAUUAUCUUGUGUAUGUUAAAACACAACUAAUUUUUAUAUAUAAAAAUAAAUGAAAAUAG